AUGUAUCCUUGUCCAAGUGCUGCAAUCGGUCCAGUGAAGGUGGCGAGUCAGAGUAUUGCCAUUGGCCCAGCGAUGUUGGAACAAGUGAAGGCGAUUCAAAUGCACAGUGCUGCUAUCGGUCCAGUGAAGGUGGCGAGUCAGAGUAUUGCCAUUGGCCCGGCGAUGUUGGAACAGAUGAAGGCGAUUCAAAUGCUCAGACUCAUCAUGGCUGUCGCAGUCGUCAACAAUAACGAUAUGCUAAUUUCCUCUUCCGCCGCCAGCGCCAGCGCCAGCAGAGUCGAGGUUCGCUCCGUGUGGGCUCAUAACCUCGACGAGGAGUUCGCCCUUAUCCGCUCCGCCGUCCCGUUCCACCCCUUCGUCGCAUUGGACACCGAGUAUCCUGGCGUCGUCGUCGCUUCCAAAAAUCCCUACUGCACCCUCACCCUCCCCCAGCGCUACGAAUUGAUCCGCGCCAACGUCGAGGCCCUCCGCAUCGUCCAGGUCGGUCUCACCCUCUCCGACGCCGCCGGCAACCUCCCAUGUGUCAUCUACAGCGACGGCACUUGUGUGAGUUACGUGUGGGAAUUUAAUUUCCGCGACUUCGACAUCAGCCGCGACCGUUACGCCCCUUCCUCCGUCGAGCUGCUCAAGGCUAAUGGCAUCGACUUCCAAAAGAAUCAAAUAUGGGGCAUCGACUCUUGCAGAUUCGCCCACCACUUGGCCACCUCCGGCUUGCUUUCCUUUGGCCAUUUUUCUCCCGUCUCCUGGGUUAUCUUCCAAGGCGCCUAUGACUUCGCCUUCCUAGUCAAGAUGCUGACAUGCGACUGCCAAUUACCAAAGACCGUUCGUGAGUUCUUGCACCUCGUUCACUUCUUUUUCGGCAAAAGGGUGUUCGAUGUGAAGCACCUUUGCAAGCAUUGUCCUGGGCUUUACGGAGGAUUGGAGCGGGUGGCCUCUACCGUCGGAGUUGAGCGAGCAGUGGGAUCUCGACAUCAGUCCGGCUCCGAUAGCUUAUUAACAUGGCAGGUGUUCUACCAAAUCGCCUCUCGUGUGAAUCCACAACUCAUCCAUCGUCCAGAACACAUGGGAACACUCUUUGACCUCCAACUGCAAUAG